UAUUUACGGUCGCUGCCGCUCAAGCAGGAAGUGUUUUUGUCCGCAGCUUCUCACAUUAAAGGAAUAAACUGCUCCAGGUCGUGAGUGAGGAUCUUUUGAAUGCUUCCAGGAGAGAUGUUUGAGAGCAGGCUGAAGGCAGUGCUGGAGUCCGCGGUGUCGGAGAUCCUGCAGCUGCACGAGGACGGACUGAUGCUGAUGCGCGCGCAGAUCCGCCUGAGAGACGCGCAGAUCCGCGCGCUGAAGAAGCGCGUCACAGACAGCGAGUUCGCGGGGCGUCUCGAGUGCCGUGAUGGAGACAUUCAGAAUCCUGCUGCACCACUUCAGCUCGACGGGAAUCCGGACGACAGCGACGCACUCGCACAGAUGUUUACUGCAGAAAGAAAAGACGUGCUCGUCGCCGAAGAACUCAACGCACCUCAGAACGAGGAAGACUUUGCUGGACCGGUGGAGAUGAAGCAGAACUUUCUUGAAAUGACAGAUCAUCCACACUGCUCGCAGAUGCCCGCAAGAACACACACGUGCGCGUUCACGUCCAUCAGCUCUACUCAAUCCGUGAACAGCCUCAGCUUUGAGUCCUUCAGUCAGAACUCACGACCCGACAGAACCGCGUCAGACUUCAUCCAGAACACAACGUCUCCUGAACGCAGUAAUGCGUGCAGACGCGAAGCGGCGCAGGAAAAGUGGUUUAUCUGUUCGUUCUGCGGGAAGAGUUUCGACCGCUCCAGCCACCUGCAGAUGCACCGGCGCGUCCACACCGGAGAGAGACCCUUCCGCUGCGCCGUCUGCGGCAAGAGCUUCUCGCAGCUCAGCAACCUGCGCACGCACCAGAAGAUCCACCGGACACACACCAAGACAAACUGAGACUGCAUCUUUCAUUCCCUUGAACAUUUAUUAAAGUUCUUCACAGAUCAGUAAUCUUUAUUUGUGUGAAAAAACACAAACUCAACAUUACAAAUAUACAAAACACAUUUAUCUACUUAUCUAGUUGCAUAAACAGAUGUUUAAAUUCGAACCACCUAACAGUCUUACUUUUCAGGUUCAAAUUAGACUGACUUCAAGCUGGUAACACAUUCAGGUUUCAUUUGUUAACAUGAACUAACAAUAAAAAGCAUUUACUAAUUU